AUGAUAAAAGAAGUCAAUAAGAAAUUAAUAUUAUUAUAGAUAUAAUAGAAUUAAUAGUAAAAUGUAUUUGAGAAAGUGAAAAUAGAAUAGUAAAUAGAUAUCAGAAUAAAAAAAUGUUUGUUUAUUUUAUGAUAUAAAUGCAUAAAUAAAAUAAUUGAGAUAUUUAAUAUUUAAAUUAUUAAACUAACUCCAACUUGCAUAGAAAAAGUAAUAUCUCCUCCUUCUUUUCUCACAUUCGUCUCAUAUAUUACAAAGUGUUGAUUUUUUUAUUCUUAGUGAAUACGUCGAAUGAUGAAUAUGCUUGGGCUUAACAUUAAUAGGAUGGUAAUAAUUUUCUUUUUUUAAUUUAUUUCCCUCUUAUAGAUCUUCCUCGAAAUCAAUUCUUCCCGCCAUCUAUACCAGUAGAUAAGGACAUAAAGAAUAAAAAUUGCAAAUUGCAUAUAGGAAACCUUCCUCUAUAGAUUACAGAAGAGACUUUACAUCGUGUGUUCUCCAAAUAUGGUUAAAUCAAAGAAGUUAAGAUCAUUCGCAAAAAUAGUUAAGGGGUUUAGUUUUUAAUAUAUAUUUAAAUAAGUAACCACUAAAAGAUUACUGCUAUGGGUUUGUUCUUAUGUGCGACGGUGAUGGAGCUUAAAAUGCUGUCACAGAAUUAAAAUAAAAUAGUCCAUUAGGGACUACUUGGACAGUUGCUUUUAGUAAAGAUAAAAAUGAUGUAUACUUCUACGUUUUCUAUUCUUUCUUAAGGAUUCUGCAGGGGCCGGUCAUUAGAAAUCUGAUAAAAAAAAAGAUGAUAAAGUUAAAAAGAAAGAAAAAUCAAAAGAAAAAUUAAAAAAAGAUAAGUCCAAACCAAAAAAGAAAGUUGUAUUUUUAAUUUAAUAAAAGAAGAAGAAAUCUGAAUCAUCCUCAUCCUCUGAUUCUUCAAGAGCAAGAUCUGCUAAAAAAUAAAAAAAAUAAAAAAAACGUAAACAUUCUACUUCAUCUGAAUCAUCUUCUUCUAAAUUGCCACCUAGAAGUGCUCUUGUCAAAGUUGAAAAUAAAGAUAUCGCAGACAUUGUGUUUUCUGGUGGCGAUUUAUAAUCUCAUCUUAUUUAUUAAUAAGUAAUUAAUUAUCUCUAUCAAAUUAAGUAGCCAUAAUAGCAAUAUCAUAUAAAUCAUAAUGUAUAUGUAAGAGAGUUAUUUAUAUCCGGAAUACCUUAAUCUAAAGUAUCUGCUGAUAUAUAACGAAUAUUCUCUGCAUAUGGUAUUGUUGAAAGAAUAGAUAUUGUACCUAAAUAAUUAGUCAAUUAUGCUUAUGUCAAAUUUAAAAGAUUAGAAUCUGUACUUUAAGCUAUGCAAAAUUCAUAAUUAAUUGCAGAGUAACUUGAAAGUGCAGGAUAAGUUAAAAUAUAUUAAUCAGAUCCUUUUAGAAGAGUAUAAAUUGUUGGAAAUGCUGAAGAUAGUGAAAGAGUAUCAAUAUAUAUAAUCUAAUCUUUAGGAAGAAGAAAUGUGGCCAGUUAUGUUUAUUGGAUUCCCUCCUAAUUAAAAUUGUGUUUUGGAUGAAAAGUUUUUAAAAAAAAUGGCUGAAAAAUUUGGAGGAGAAGUUAAAGGAAUUUAACAUUUCUUACCUGACUCACCUUAAUUAAGAUCUUAUGUUCUUAUUGAAUUCUCACUUUUAAAAGAUUGUAAAAAAGCAAGAAGAAAAUUUUGCAGAUAUAAAAUACAAAUUUUGGGUGAUAAGAAAUGUGAUGUGGCUAUCUUAUCUAAUUAUCCAGCCAAUUUACAGAAUAAAAGAUAAAAUAAUUUGUUUAUGUAAUAACCAUAUGGAAUGGGUAUUAUUCUCAUAAUAAAUUUAGAUUAUUUACAAGUUAAUCAGCAAAUGCCUAUACAUUAGUAAAUGGUAUAAAGACCAUUGCCAUAAUAAGUGUAGAUGAUGCCUAAUUUUUAGAAUUAAGCAUUACCAUAAUAACAUAUUACUCCCCCUAGUAUCCCAAAUAUUUAUGACUACAGCUAAAUACCUAUGUUGUAUCCUCAAUAAUAAUAAAGCCAACAAUAAAUGAUGUUUAUGAAAAACCAAUAACAAUAACUUUAAAUUCCUCCUUAAACUCCAGUUCAACCUCAAUUCAGACCAUAAGCUCCACCAAAUCCUCAAACAUAAUAAGCACCUUAGCUAUAAUUUUAUUAAUAGUUAAAUCCUUAAACUCAAAGCUAAAAUUAUAUGCCAUAAUAAUACUCAAUGGAUAUGAUCAUCCCACCUCCAACAAUGAAAUAAGAAGAAAUCAACUCUCCUUUUUGGUGUGGUUACAUGAAUAGAGGAAAGUAACAUCGUGUUGGAAUAGAUGCAAAAAUGCACAAAGCCAAUAUGGAUACUAAGAAAAGUAUAAUAAAUAAAUUAUUUCUUAAGUUAAUUUACCCUCAAAUUUAGAAAUGAGCUACAAAUGUACAUAUCAAGAUGCAUAUCAAAGAGCAGGGUAAGAUUAAUCAGCUAUUUUAAUAUUUACUCCCUCUCAAGACAUUGAUUAUCUAAAGUUCAAUGAAUAUGUUCAAUACUUAAGAAAUAAGGUAUUCAUUAUUAUAACUAUGUAUUUAAGUAACGAGCUGGUGUUAUAUAAAGUGAAACUUUCACUAUCUAUGUUAUUCCUCCAGGAGUAUAAGAGGCAUAACUUAUUUGCAAUAUUAACUAAUAAGAAAUGAUAGCUAUUUAUUGUCAUAAAGAGUUAAAAUGA